UUGAGGGCCGCCCUAAAAAGUUUGGAACCUGUACCUCAAGCGUUUGUAGUGAAAAGCAAGCUGUGUGCUGAGUAUGUAAAGAGCUUUGUGUUUGUGGACUGCUGUGAUGUGAUGUCAGACCGACCAACCUUAACAACCGACGUUAAUUACUGUUGAAGGUGUUUGUUAUGAAACAGUUCCUGCUAGCGAUAAAGCGGUUGCGGUUAGUUGAAAGGGUACCGUGCUAAAAACACCCGGCAAAUUGAAAAUUACAUCGCGAUUGGUUUAAACUGCGUACAGCCUACGAAUGUGCAUCAAUUUUGCUGGUUGAUGGAAUAUACGGGACACGGCAAGGUAUUCACUGUUGCCACUCUCACGACAUCAUGUGUACCACUUCCGCUGUGCGAGAACAAACAAUGGAUGAUCUCAAGGAUUGGGAGUACGUAAAGCAGGGCAUCACCAUGUGGCUUAACAACAUGCCGAAAGCUGCCGAGGAUAGCUUUAAGGAUCGGCCGUCCAGUGUGCACAUUGUAGCAGGGCACACAUUCAUCUCGUUCAUGAUUCUUCCACAUUCACAGUGCGUGAUCUGGCGUGCUUUCUGCUUUUUCGCUCCACAGAAUGCCGUCAUUUCGUGGGAAACGGAAAAGAUGAAUGAUGCCCAAACACGCCUCCGUGAGCUCGAGAAACAGUGUGCCGGCGAUGUCGGCUGGUUGAAAUCGGUUCGAUCGAAGCUGUUCGGGUCUAGCGAACCACGAAAAUCACUUACCGAAACGCUGGAAGAGCAGAUUAUACUGGCCGACAGCCAGCUCUGUCUAGCGAUACUGGUGUCCUUGGGCCAGGAUAUUGGUGGAUUCGUUAAGGGCGGAUGGCUGCUGCGGAAGGCUUGGAAGGUGUACCAGCACACGUAUCAACAGAUCUACCAGCUGUACUCCGAUACGGUGGGAGAGAAUGGAGAAGCGUCCAUUCCACAGGCUCCCCUACGUCACCAGUUGCAGAGCAGAGAGUCGGGUGCGAGGUUAUCACUCGACCUGGGCACUCCUUCUUCCACGGAUUGGACGGUACCGAACUCCACCCUUCAGUCUCCGGAUGAUUGCAAGUGGACAGCGCACCUGGAGGCGCUGCGUAAAUCGAAAACUACAACCUUUGAACCUUCCGAGCCUUUUAACGAAACGACCUCGAGUGAAUCCGACCCAAGCGGAAGCAGUGGCAGUGUGAAGAAGAGCUACACAACUGAAUUUGUUGGGAUUGGCAUUCCGUCGGGUGCAGGAUCAAGUACCGAGUCACUGGAGAACAGUGGAGCGAUGGAGCAAAUGGAUCGCGGAAGUGCCGACCGAGAUCGUUUGAUGUUGGACCUGAGCCAGGGAAGAGAGCGACGAAUAAACUUAAUGCCUAAUGGGAUACCUCCAAGAGCAACCACUAGCUGGCGGUCGUUAGCAACAGCUCCUUGUGAGCCAGGUCCAAGCGAAAGAGCCAUCCAUCCAGAAGACAUCCACCGGCUAAUGGGCGCAAUCAGCUUCGGGUAUGGCGUGUUUCAGCUGAGCAUAUCGUUGCUACCACCGAGUUUGCUCAAGCUGAUCAGCUUUCUCGGGUUCGAAGGUGAUCGGGCAAUGGGGAUUGCGUGUUUGAGCUUUUCCCGCCAAAGCAACGACAUGCGGGCACCGUUGGCUACGCUCGCGCUUCUCUGGUACUACACGAUCGUGACGCCAUUUUUUGCACUGGAUGGUUCGAACCUGAGCAUCGAAAUUAGUGCCGCCCAGGAGCUGCUCGAUGAAGCAAACGAUCAGUUUGCCAAGUCGUCGCUGUUCCUGUUCUUUCGGGGUCGUGUCGAGCGGUUGAAGUCCAACAUUGAGGAUGCGAUACGUGCCUACGAGCUAGCAUACCGUUCAUCCGCUCAGCGCGAGAUUAAAUUGCUGUGUCUGCACGAGAUUGGAUGGUGCCGGUUGAUUCAGUUGGAUUUUGGAACGGCGAUGAAGAACUUUAAGGAACUGAAGAUGUGCAGCCAAUUUUCCAAGAGCUUUUACUCGUAUCUGACAGCAAUAUGUGAAGGAUCGUUCGGGCAGUUUGCCAACCUCGUCAAGUGGCGUUCGGAAAUACUGGAAUUGGUCAACCGAUCUCCACAGAAGGACUCACAGAUUGAGCGGUACAUAUUCCGACGCAGCUUAAAGUUGCCACGCGCGGAAGGUGGAGAGCAACCAAAGUACCGCAGUUCGCUCUACUGGAAGUAUUUGGUGUUCGAGAUGCUCUUUCUCUGGAACACGCUGAGCAGCUGCAACGAGGAGCAGCUCGAAAGCAUGGUUGCCGACUGUUCGCAACCAACCGAUGCAUUCAGCGAACCGAUGGUUGGAAUCUCCCGCUUGAUUCUGGGCGCCUGUCUGAGCUGUCUGGCCCGCUUCGACGAAGCGAUUCACGCAUUCCGUGAGUGUAUCUCGAUGAGGGAAAGAUUCGAGCAUCAGGAGCAACAGGAUACGCACAUUUCGGCCUUUGCCCACUACGAGCUGGCCGUGCUUCUGCUGCGCCAGCAGCAGCACGCCACCACAGCUGAAGCGCAUCGUUUGCUUACGCACGCGCAGCAAAACUUCAAAAACUACGACUUUGAUAACCGUGUCAGCGUGCGCAUUCACACGCUCCUGAAGCGGCUGGAUUAGAAGGAGUGCAUGUUUUCGGACUGUUGGACGAUAUUUUUAAUGGUGCCUUAUUUAUUGAUACAUACAUACACCCAGAAAGUAAAUGUUUAGCUGCCGAGCGUAAACGACAUGUUUUUGGGGGGAUAAUUCUGAAUAGUCACGUACACUACUUGCUGGUCAAGAGAAUCGUAACGUAGGAAGAUUGAGUAGAUAGUCCUUGCCUUCCAGCUGCCACCAACCAGUGCUGAGUGCAAUACUAGAAGCAAUGCUGUUGUUGAUUUUUUUAUUAUUACCCAUUACUUAUCCACUUGCAGCAAAAGCAACAGAAGGUUCAACAAUCGCAAAUCGGAAACAAUAACUUUUAUACAAUGCACAAGUUUCAAACCAAUUUGUCCAAUUGUUGAUGAGUAGAGUAAGUAAUCCAAAUAAAGCAAACAAACAAA